UACUGAAUACAUACAAUUACGUCUUUGCUAGGCGGGGAUUGAAGAAGUCUGGUGGACUGUAGCUUUUUAAUCAGGAAGUAAAAUCUUCGCUUCAAUUUUUUUUCUUUAUUUGAAGAUGUCAACACCAGCCAGAAGACGUUUAAUGAGAGACUUUAAACGGCUUCAGGAAGAUCCCCCAGCCGGUGUCAGUGGAGCCCCGUCUGAAAACAACAUCAUGGUUUGGAAUGCAGUCAUUUUUGGCCCGGAGGGAACACCUUUUGAAGAUGGUACCUUUAAACUGACAGUAGAAUUCACAGAAGAAUAUCCCAACAAACCACCUACAGUUCGCUUUGUAUCCAAAAUGUUUCAUCCUAAUGUCUAUGCAGACGGUAGUAUAUGUUUGGACAUUCUUCAGAAUCGCUGGAGUCCUACCUACGAUGUGUCUUCAAUCUUAACUUCUAUACAGUCCCUGCUGGAUGAACCGAACCCCAAUAGUCCAGCAAACAGUCAGGCAGCGCAGCUGUACCAGGAGAACAAGCGCGAGUACGAGAAGAGGGUGUCAGCCAUCGUGGAGCAAAGCUGGCGCGACUGUUAACCCUGCCCCCGCUCCCAACGGACACUGUCCCGCCCACACUCCCUUCUCUAGAACCUUCUCUUUAUUCGCUGUGUAACCCUGUCCUUGCCCUGGCCCGCCCCCACUGCAGUCACCCCGGAAACCGGAACCACCACAGGACACCUGGGUCACCUGCAAACCCUUUCUGCUGCUGCUAGGCUUCCCCCCCCCCCAUGCGGUUUUUAUGCCAAGGGUUUUCAUGUUCUGGUUUUCUACGGGCUGAAAAUCAGUCUGGUUGCCUCUGCCUGACUGACUUUAAACUUUAGGCCUUCUGACUUUUGGUGCUUGUUGCGAUUUAUAACCAAAUCCUGUUCUAAUUAUCAAAUAAAUUACACAUCAUGUUCACAUAUAGUGUGCUUUACAAGCACACGUUUCACAUAUAAAGCCUUUAUAAAGAUAUCAAGACAAACACAAAAAAGUAUUUGCGUUUGCCAUGCUGUUGAUCAGUUUGAUGGUACUGUAGUGCAUGCUUGUUUGUGGUUGGAAUGUGGAGGUCAGAAUGACAGAAGAGAUGAGGAGUUAAGUCUGAGUGGAGUUUGUUCUGAAGUGGACUGGAGUUACUCCCAAAACUGUACCACUCAAAUAUCUAUGCUUUUCACCUGGCUGUGAAGCACUGCUUCACCGAGACUGUUUUCACCAAGGACGUAUGACCUCGAGUCCAAACCGGACAGUGAAUGGAGAGUUGAACUUGGGUAUAUAACAGAAUCGCAGGGAUCUGUUUUGUCUGCUUUCUGUGCGACAAUAAUGGUGUGUUGGGUUUUUUCAGUUUUUUUUUUUUUUUUGCAAAGAUCAUUUACUGAAGAGAAUGUUCAAGCCCUUCUCCCUCCUAUCUGGACCCCCUGUCCACCUACCUGACUGCCCCAUUCCAUUUGCCCCUGGAUUCCAGAGUGACAGUAUGAUGUGCAAGAGACUACAUUUUCUCACUUGUAAAUAAAAAGCUUUGACAUUGAA